CCCCUUUUAUAAUUCUACUAGUCUUUACGCCAAUAUAGCCAAUCUGUUUAGAUUCUAAAACAUAUGGCAGUUUCGCCGGAAACAAUGCCGGAUAAUUCCUUCAUCGAUUUCCGUGCACCACCGCCAUCUCCGAUCGCCUCAGGACGCCGAUCCUGUGUUAGGAACGAUGAAGUCCUCACGGAAUUUCUGCAAAAUUCGUUAAGAGUACCAGACCUCGUGCUACCUGAUCGAGUAUUCCCGAGGCAAAAAUCAAUUCACAAUCCGUCGAAACUCGAUUUUCAGUCAUUAGCGUCCUUGAACAAUGACGCAAUCGCGAAAAUUCUGGAUUCAGUUGCGACGAUUGGAUGCUUUGAGGUUGUUAACCAUGGAAUUUCAGGAGAUCUGAUCAAAUUAGUUUUGUCUGCCGGGGACGGAAUCUUCGGGAUUUCGCCGGAGAGAAAGGAAAAAUUGACAAGGUCAUCGGAAAAGGCAUAUGGAUUUGAGGAAUUUCACGGAGAGGAGGAAAGAGAGACGAGUGAAGAGUUCGUUUGGUGCAGAGGAGAUCAAAAUUUCAACAAAGAAAUGGAGGGAAUUUGGCCUCUUGGAUUUUCGAAUUUCAGUGAAAGGAUGGAAAAAGUUUUGGAUGGCAUGGAAGACAUAGCUGGAAGAAUCCUACAAUUCCUGCAGCAAAAUACUCCUAAAAAAUUAAUCAAUGAAAAUAUCGAUGAAAUGCAGGACGAAAAUGGGGAUUUGCCAGCAACCUCCAUCUGUUAUCUACACAAGCAUAAAGGAAGUUUAAAAGGAGAUGAAGAGUACAUGAUGAACACCUUACAAUAUGAUGUGAUUAGAAUGUUGAUAAGAGGAUCUGAGUUUCCUCAUGCAUUGUGUUUGCAUGUUAGCAAUGGAUGCUCAGAGUUUCAUGUUUAUUCUAAGAAAGGUUGGGUCUCUUUUCAGCCUGGUAAAGAUUCACUUAUCGUCACCAUCGGAGAUCUCUUACAGAGAUGGAGUGGUGGACAAUACAAGCAUGUGAUAGGAAGGCCUGUUUAUCAAGGUAAAACAGAGGAUUGCGUAUCCAUGGCUUUACUAAUUUCUCCUCCUAAGAUCGUCGAAGAUAACCCUACUAAGCAUGAACAUGAACAAGAGAAGACCAUUUCAAUUGGGCAACAAAUUAUUAUCGCGAUAGCAUUUAUUCUUAUUUACAAUUUCUUCAUUUAUAUCUAUAAGAAGCUUUGAAGAGUUGAAGAUUUUCUAUGAUGUGUCUGAUACAGAGCAUUUCAGUUUGCCUUUUCAUUUCCUUCUCUUUAUUUUUGUUGUUGUUAGAUUGUACAUGGUUUUCGGAUAUGUUUUGUCAAAUAUAUGAGAUUUAAGAUUUUGA